UCCGAGGCGGGAUCGCCGCGCCGGGAACUUGAGGUCCCAGAGGGAUGUAAAGGCUCAAAAUGACCCUGUUACCUGGAGACAAUUCGGACUACGACUACAGCGCCCUGAGCUGCGCCUCGGACGCCUCCUUCCACCCGGCCUUCUUCCCGCAGAGCCAGGCGCUCAAGGGUGUGUUCUACCGGCGCGCGCAGAGGCUGAGCGCCCAGGAGACCCCGCGCCCAGGCAUCCCGGGCCCUGGGGACCGCCGGCGGCAGAUCAUCAUCAACGUGGGCGGCAUCAAGUACUCGCUGCCCUGGACCACGCUGGACGAGUUCCCCAUGACGCGGCUGGGCCAGCUCAAGGCCUGCACCAACUUCGACGACAUCCUCAACGUGUGUGACGACUACGAUGUGACGUGCAACGAGUUCUUCUUCGACCGCAACCCCGGGGCCUUCGGCACCAUCCUCACCUUCCUGCGCGCCGGGAAGCUGCGGCUGCUGCGCGAGAUGUGCGCGCUCUCCUUCCAGGAGGAGCUGCUCUACUGGGGCAUCGCUGAGGACCACUUGGACGGCUGCUGCAAGCGCCGCUACCUGCAGAAGAUCGAGGAGUUCGCUGAGAUGGUGGAGCGGGAGGACGAGGAAGACGCGCUGGACAGCGAGGCCCGCGACAGCGAGGGCCCCGCGACGGGCGAGGGCCGCCUGGGCCGCUGCAUGCGGAGGCUUCGCGACAUGGUGGAGAGGCCGCACUCGGGGCUGCCGGGCAAGGUGUUCGCUUGCCUGUCGGUGCUCUUUGUCACCGUCACCGCGGUCAACCUCUCGGUCAGCACCCUGCCCAGCCUGCGGGAGGAGGAGGAGCAGGGCCAGUGUUCCCAGAUGUGCUACAACGUCUUCAUUGUGGAGUCGGUGUGCGUGGGCUGGUUCUCCCUGGAGUUCCUCCUGCGUUUCACCCAGGCGCCCAGCAAGUUCGCCUUCCUGCGGAGCCCGCUGACGCUCAUCGACCUGGUGGCCAUCCUGCCCUACUACGUCACCCUGCUGGUGGACGGCGCCGCCUCGGGCCGCCGCAAGCCUGGCUCGGGCAACAGCUACCUGGACAAGGUGGGGCUGGUGCUGCGCGUGCUGCGGGCGCUGCGCAUCCUCUACGUGAUGCGGCUGGCCCGCCACUCGCUGGGGCUGCAGACGCUGGGGCUCACGGCUCGCCGCUGCACCCGCGAGUUCGGCCUGCUGCUGCUCUUCCUGUGCGUGGCCAUCGCCCUCUUCGCCCCGCUCCUCUACGUCAUCGAGAACGAGAUGGCAGACAGCCCCGAGUUCACCAGCAUCCCUGCCUGCUACUGGUGGGCCGUCAUCACCAUGACGACUGUGGGCUAUGGAGACAUGGUGCCCCGGAGCACGCCCGGCCAGGUGGUGGCGCUGAGCAGCAUCCUCAGCGGCAUCCUGCUCAUGGCCUUCCCGGUGACCUCCAUCUUCCACACCUUCUCCCGCUCCUACCUGGAGCUCAAGCAGGAGCAGGAGCGGGUGAUGUACCGCAGGGCCCAGUUCCUCAUCAAAACCAAGUCGCAGCUGAGCGGCAUAUCCCAGGACAGUGACAUCCUGUUUGGAAGUGGCUCCUCGGACACCAGAGACAACAGCUGAACCCAAAGGGCGCCCCCACCCUGCCUGCCACCCGCGGCUUGACGCUACUGCCAUCCGCCAUGGGAGACUCCGAAGGGACAAGCCGCUUCUGAGCACGGCCCAGAGCCACCCGCAGGAGGGACAUCCGCCACCCAUCACAGAGGUCCAGAAGGGAGAGGCAAGCUGGGCUGGCGCUGGCCAGCGGUGGCUGCUCUCCCCACCGUCCCAGCCCCAUGUCCGUUCCCCCAGUAAGGCAAGGGCUUUCGCUGCUUGCGUGUACAUAGUCCUCCCAGCGCAGCCGGCCUGGUGGAGCUGUCUGGAGAGAACAGCGCGGCUACGCAUCUGUCUCUCGCAUGGAUCAUGUUCUGGGGAAGGGAUGCAGGUGAGGGAGAAAGGAAACGCCUUCCACGCAAGGGCACUCAUAAGAGAGAAACCGAGGGUUUGUCACUGAGCUGUGUAGCCGCCAGGACCCCCUGGGGUUGGAAGAAGAGGGGGACAACAGACCUGUAAGAAAUUGCCAGUAAAUACGCCUUCCCUCUCUUGCAUCUCCUUCGUUCUCUGGCUUUGCCCCUCUUCCCCGUCAGCCUUUUUCCUUCUUUUCUGUCCCCUGUUCUCCCAUACAUCUCAAGGCCUGUUUCCCAAAGCUUCCCCCACGGCACCCUGAGGAGUUGAGUUCAAAGGUAAAAUCACUUCGUUGCAUCUGUAAA